CGCUCGGCUCUCACCCCCUCCCCUGCUAGCUUUUCUCCUCUCUUGUUUCUCAUACGCUCACUCAGCAUCACCCCCAUUUAUUCCCCCUUGUGGGACUGCUGGAGACUGACUGGGUUCCCCACUGAGUGCUAUACCUCACCCCUGGUAGAUCAUUUCCCGGUUUGCUGGGAGACUUUGCCCACCUGGUUCCUAUAACCAAAGGGAAAGGGAAGGAAUAAGGACUCUGAUAUGUGGUACGGGAGAGCCGCGAGAAGCGUAUGAGAUGGCACACAGGCUCAGAAAAGUGCACUAGCAAGCAGCAGACAGAGAACAUGGCAAGCGCUGACAAGCUGAGGCAGCCUCCGUCCUUUCAUACAGCACUUGGUUCUCCGCAAAGCGGGCCAGACCACAGAGCUUCACGGUCUCUAAGAAACUCUGUUUCUGUCUCCAAGCUAGUAGCCAGAUAUCAAAAUUUACUGGAUCAUGAAAGUGGCACAUCAACGCAAGAGAAUCACAAGAGGAUGGCGAGAAACCGUCUACUGCACAACGAACAGGAUCCUCUGGGGGCAAAAGCUGCGGUACCUGAAGGCCCCACCAGCAAUGUCUGCAGGAGCAGGUCCAGCACCACCCACCACGCCAGUCCCACUCCAGUGAAUACCAGGAGGCGGCAGACCAGCUCUGAUGCCAGCAGAGUCACUCCCAUUCCCCAACUUCUGCCUGUCUCUUCUGACCCGCUCCUCACAAGCUCUUCCAGUGGCAGGUUUAGGAAAACCAAAACCGAGUCCAGCACACAGACAACCCUCCAGCCUCUGGCCAAGGGGGCUAAACGCUGGACAGAACUGCCCUUCUCUUCACCCCAGAGCAGCAGGAGGAGACCGCAGAGGAGUCCUGCCACGUCCACAGCAGGGGCUUCGGCCACCAAGGAAGGGAAGCUCUCUCAGAAGACAGAGUCGAUGACCCUCACCCUGCCGGACCCGGCUUCUGACUCAGCCACACUCAGGAGCUAUGAGAGGACCUGGACAUUUCUAGACGGGUCAGACAACUCCAGCCACAUACCUCCGCAAGGGCAAGGGAGAGUGAAGGAGCUGACGGCUCGCUAUCUGUCUCGGACAGCUGCCCCCGCUGCUCACAGAGGCCUGGCACAGCCUCAUACCACAAAGGCUAGCAUCAUUCGUUCUCCUGACAGCCAGAAAGCAAGCAAGAUGGCAGAGGCUCAGAGCCAGAAGUCAGCUAAGGUGAAUGGCAAGAAAACAGAAGAGGGCUUACCUCCUCCUGCCACCCAAGACACCCUUCAGGUCUCCGCUUCCCCCACGGGGAGCCAAGAUCCAAACCCCCUACCUCCACCUCCUACAAAGGAGUCCUUAUCCAAGUUUUACCAGCAGCGCCAAGUGAAUGAGCUGAAGAGGCUGUACAGACACAUGCAUCCUGAGCUGAGGAAGAACCUGGAGGAAGCUGUGACAGAAGACCUGGCAGAAAUGCUCCACACUGAAGAUCCCAACACACAGGCCUCAGUGAAUCAGGACACAGUAGCCCCUAGUGACGUCCAGUCCAUGCGCUGGAUCUUUGAAAACUGGACACUGGACUCUAUAGGGGAUCAUGAGGGCACCAAGAAGCUAGCCGACGAGGAGACGAGGAGCGGGGACGUGAAAAGUACAUCCAUGAGGUUUGAGAGUCAGGCACUCAAUGGGGACAAGUCAUGUGCAUCGAUCAAAGUAGCAGAGACGGGACAGGCUAAAGGGGAUGUGCGGACCGCCCGAUGGCUGUUUGAAACCCAGCCACUGGACUCGUUAAACAAACUGUAUACCGAGGAGGCAGACGUGCAGGAGGCAGUCCUCAAGGAGCCUGUUCAGAAAGGAGAUGUGAAAGGUGCUGCACAGCUCUUUGAAACCCACUCCUUGGAUGCCCUGGGACGUUGCUACUCCAUGGAGGAGCAGAGUAUCCUGCAGCUCAAGUCAGAAAUGCAGGAGCAGAAAGGUGACGUCAAAAAAACCAUCAAGCUCUUCCAGACUGAACCACUCUGCGCAAUCAGGGACAAAACUGGGAACAUUCACGAGAUCAAAUCUGUCUGCAGAGAAGAAAUCCAGAGUAAUGCCGUCAGGACAGCCCGCUGGCUAUUUGAGACCCAGCCACUGGAUACCAUCAAUAAGGACACCUCUAAAGUGCAAAUUAUCCGGGGGAUUUCAUUAGAAGAGGCAGGAAAGCCAGAUGUCAGUGGAGCAAGGUGGAUAUUUGAAACUCAGCCUCUAGAUGCCAUCCGAGAGCUGACGGUGGAAGAAGAGGCUUUCAAAGCAUCCAUGGAUUUUGUCCCAGGGGCGGAUGUCAGUAAGCAGAGACUGCUCUUUGAGACUCAGGCCCUUGCUUCUCUCAAAGGAGAAGCCUCCGACAGUGGUCCAGCCAAAGAAGAAGUUGUCGGCGGUGACGUGAAAUCAACACUCUGGCUAUUUGAAACCCAGCCCAUGGAGACCCUGAAAGAUAAUUUUGAAGUGGGGCAUUUAAAGAAAGUGAACCUUUCAGAAGAGGAGAGAGGAGAUGUGAAGCAGAGGAAGCACAUCUUUGAGACCUGUCCCCUGGGUAGCAUCUCCAAGGCAUCCUCAGAAGAGGUCUCCGCCACCAAUGUACAAGAGGUGGUGAAAGGAGACGUGAAAUCAUUCAAAACCUUGUUUGAGACUCUCCCUUUAGACAGCAUUAAGCAGGCUGAUGCUGAACCUGUCACCAAAGAGAAAGAGGAGAUCCCAGCUGGGAACGUCAAAGCCACCCAGGUGCUGUUUGAGACAACCCCUCUGUAUGCUAUCAAGGACAGCUUGGGCAAUUUCCACCAGAUCACCUCCGUCAGCAGAGAGCAAGUCAUAAGCGGUGAUGUCAAGAACUACAAAUGGAUGUUUGAAACCAGACCUCUAGACCAGUUUGAUGAAAGCACCAAGAAGGUGGAUAUCAUUAGAGGGAUCACCAAGCAGGAGGUGAUGGCUGGGGAUGUCAAAACAGCCAAGUGGCUCUUUGAAACCCAGCCCAUGGAUGUCAUCCACACCCAGGUGAACCAAGGAGAAGAGCACUCAUCGGUGAAAAGGGAGGUGUCCCAGAAGGGCGAUGUGAAGACCUGCAGGUGGCUAUUUGAGACACAGCCGAUAGACACGCUGUAUGAGAAAACAGAGAAGAAGCAGGAAGAGGAUGGCUCUGUACCACAGGCCAACGUCAAGUCAUACACGUGGAUGUUUGAGACCCAAUCCCUGGACUCCCUGAAAGGCCAGGAGGAACAGUAUCUGCAGGUCAGCAAAGCAUACUGCCAGGAUGACUUACAAGGGGUUGAUGUCAAAACUGUUAGCCACCUAUUUGAGACUGAACCCCUGGUCAGUGAUGCCUCCGGCGAGCAUGACUCAAAGAAGCCUAUCAGGUAUUCCAGCCGUGUGGAGAUACAGUCUGGGGAAGUGUCCAGGGUGAAGGAGUUCUUUGAAACCAAGCCCUUGGAUACAGCGGAUACACCGACUGCGGCCGUGAAAAAGAGCGAUGUGCCCACAGCUGAGAACAUCGAGGCUGGAUCGGUGCACAAGUUCACCUGGCUCUUUGAGAACUGCCCAAUGGAUGCUAUAAAGGACAACACUGAGGGCAUCCAGGAAAUCCCUCCAGAGAAGGAUAUCAAGGGCGGAGAUGUGGGAGGCAAGAGGUUCGUUUUUGAGACCUACUCCCUCAACCAGAUCCAUGACGAGGUGGACGAAACAGAGAUCAAGAGGAUCCAGCAGGAGACUAUGAGCAAAGCGAGUGUCAAGUCCUACACCAUGCUGUUUGAGAGCCAGCCACUGUAUGCCAUUCAGGACAAGGAUGGGGACUACCAUGAAGUCACAUCAGUGAAGAAGGAGGAGAUCAUGAAAGGUGAUGUGAAAGGUGCCCGGUGGCUGUUUGAAACCAAGCCACUGAACCAGAUCAAGAAGGAAGAGGAAGUGUUUGUUAUUCGGGCUGUCACCCAAGAGGACAUCAAGAAAGGGGACAUCCAGGCUGCCCGAUGGAGGUUUGAGACGGAGCCCCUUGAUUCCUUCUCCCGUGGGAAGCGACCUGUGGUCAGGACAGUAGAUGAUGUGCAGAAAGGAGAUGUCCAGUCCAACAAGCAGCUUUUUGAGUCUCAGCAAGUGAGCCAAAAGAAGUAUGUGCGGAUGGUCAGCGUCAGUGAUGUCCAGCAAGGUGACGUGAGGACCUCCACCUGGCUCUUUGAGAACCAGCCCAUUGAUUCUCUGAAGGGGGAGCCUGACGGCAGCACCAUCAGCACUGUGCAGAGAGAAGACAGUCAGAAAGGGGACGUCAAGCGCUGCACCUGGCUCUUUGAAACUCAGCCCAUGGAUAGCCUCAAAGACUCAGAAGUUUCUGCCCGCCCAGAUGCCCCAGAAGCUAUCCCAUGUGCUGACGUGAAGAGCACAACGUGGCUAUUUGAGACGACCCCCUUGGACAAACUCAGCUCUACUAUACAUGGAGAAGAAACAGAGGUGAGAGAGAGAACUGUGAGGGAAACUUUGCAAACCCUCUGCACCUGCCAAGCCAUCCAGCAUGGUGGGAUCCUCAUAGAAGCCAAUGAUGCAGAGAGCGUGAGGAUGGCAAAGUACCAGCUCAGCAGCCCGGGCACUCCAGAGAUCCAAAAAGAAGAGACUGUGAAAGGCAAUUUGCAACGGAUCAUCUUGCAGCUGCUGUACCAGACCAAAGUAGAGGCCCAGGGGGUGCUGGUGGAGGAGGAUAAGGAGGGCAAGAUUAAAGUCAGCCCACUGCAGCUACUAGAUCCAAGCAAAGCCCAUAAAAGCGCAGAGGACUUGAGUGAUGAUGUGACAAAGGUUCUCCAUGACCUCCCUAGCCAAGACAUCUCCAUCAAAAAGGGAAUGGUCAUUCAAGAGAUGAAGACGGGGUCAAGGAAGAUGACCAUCUACUCCCUCCUGCACCACUCUGUUCAGCAGGAGGUUGUCAAAGGGGAUGUGAAGUCAACCAUCGGAAACCUGCUGGCUUCCUCACAAGAGCAGAGGACAGCAGCGACCAUCAGACGGGAAGACAAUGAGAAGGGAAAUGUCCAACUGUACACCAGUUGCAUUGAGAAGGGAGACCUGGACUAUCUAAAGACCCUGCAGCAUAAGUCAGAGUUUGAGUCCCUUGUCCAAUCCCAAGCUGAACAGGAACCAGCUGAACCUAUCCCAAGAGACACGCAGGGGGCUAAGACACAUGUCUUGCAAGAAGAAGAACGAGCAGAGAAAGCAAUUGCAGAUGUUGUCACAGGGGAUGUGAAGAGGGCUACGAAAGUGCUCAUGUGUGAAGGAGUAAGUAAAGAGGGCACGUUAGAGAGAGAAGCAACGGAUGCAGGUGCCGCAAGCUCCACUGUGCAGUGUCUUGGGAAGCCCCUAAGCCUGCCCACAGUGGUGGAAAAGAAAGAUACUAAGCGUGGGGAACUUAAGGUGACCAUCAAGUCACUUCGAAAGAGUAAGGAUGGUAGUGAGAAGGUGGAGAAGGAAGAAUCGGUCAUAGAGGGAGCCAAGGUUGCGCUGCAGGAAGAAGCCUCUGCUGAAGCGAUGGCUCAGAAAGAUGAGGCGGCCAAGGCAAGCCAGUGUCUGGUGGUGGGGCAGCCCAGCCAAAUGACAGCAGACGGACAAGAGCAGGCUCUUGGAAGUGAUCUUCAGGCCGCCAUGCAGAGUCUGAGGCUGGCCACAGCCGAGGCGAAAAGCAUUCAGCACCAUGUCCAGAGCAAGCUCCACAAGAGCAGUGAGGAAGUCCACAUGGCCUCCAAGCAGCAGGCCGUCAACACGCAGAAGAAAGUGACCCUCCAGUCAACGGUACGCAAGCAGGACUGUACCGCCACCCAGCAAUGUCAAGCUCGCAGUGCCACCACCACCACCACCACCAAAGUCCACAAGGCCUCCAAGUCCCAGUCAAGCGUGUCACAGAAGAGCAUGACGUCCCACAAAAAGGUCAGUGCUUCUGAGGAAGUACGGGGAGAACAGCAGUUGAGCCAGGAAAGUCAAGUUAUGCCUAGUGCAGAUGUUAGCAUUAAGGAUGGCCUUUAUACUGCCAAGCCAGUGAAAACCUAUGUAAAUCCUUUCCUUGAGUCUGAUUACAAAGAGCAAGCAGUGCAAGAAGAAAGAGAGCAAGAUGUUAUGAUCAGAGGUGAUGUAAAGACAGCUAUCAGAGCACUGCAAAGUGCUGCGGCAGAACAGAGACCGGUAGAGAAGGAGGAUGUUGUUCGAGGUAACUUAAAGGCCACGCUUCAGUCACUGGAAAAGUCUAAUGUUAAUGUCUCCAAAGGGGAUUUUAAAGCUGCUAUGAUAUACAGAAAUGCAGGGCAGUCGUAUACCACAUGUAAAAAGAAAAAUGAGGCUCCUGCGGUUAGUAACGAGGCAGCGGGAGUGGCUUCGGGGUCGCAGCCAGAUACUGACUUUCCUCCUCCUCCUCCUCCUCCAGCUGCUGUGAUGAAAACAGAGCAUUGCCCACCCUCAACCAAAGCACCAGAAGCAGCCCCUCUACCACCAGCCAGCAAGGACGAAGGCCUGGAAGGUCCUGCACCCACACACAGCUCUCUGCCACAGACCCUUGCUCCCAUCUCCACCCAAGCCAGUAAUCAGAGCCCCCCAGGCAAGCCAGAGACUCUCCCCAAACCACAAAUUACUGCCCCACCACGGAAGAAACCAGUCCCACCUCCAAAACCUGAGCGUCUCUUACAAGAGGCACGUUCACACCAUGAUAGCAACAGCAAAGGGAGGUUGACCAAGCCAGUCCCACCCCCGCGGCCUCCUAAACCCCCAGGCCUAGGCAAGCUAAGCAGACCACCCAUGGAUGAGGCAAAGGGCACAUGUGAUGCAGAGGUAUCAGAGCAAUCAGGUUGUGGGGAACAUCCGACAAAACGCUGUACUCCACCGUCACCAGUAGUCAGCACUGCCAAGGCAAAGGACCAGACCUGUGAGACAGCAACACCAAAAGGCAUUGCUAAAACACCUCUUCAGAUAGCAGAGGAAAGGUACAAGGCAAGCAAGGAAGAACAGGGCAAGGUGGAGUCCAAGCAUUCGAAGACAUCAGAACCACUUAAAAAUGAAGUGUCCGUUUCUGAAUUGGAGCAGACAAACGAGAAAGCAGCAGUCCUGCAGGGCAUUCAGGGAUGCACGGACACUUGUAGCCCAGAGAACGGGUGCAUAUUCGCAUCCAAACCAGGCUGUCUGGGUGGAUCUCAGGCAGCUCUUGCUCACUCCGAAGGUCAGAGUAAGUCAAAUGUAUCUCCGAAUGGUCAAGCCACCCUUCCAAGGAAAGGAGCUGCCUCACCCAAGGCAGAAAAUGCAAGUGUGCCUAAUGCUUACGAGUCAUGGGACAAUCAGAGCCAUAUCCGGAAAACGAAUCAGAAGAGAGCAGAAGGGAAAUCAGCAUUUGCCCAUCAGCAGGUGACUGAGCAACAGCAGGUGAACAGCAGACGGCCGAGACCAUGUGAAGUGGAGACGGAGCAGCUUGCAGAGGAGAAGCCAGUGGUGGUCAUGCGAGAGAAGCCCGGCCGGGAAACGGAGGAUGAACGGCGCAAGCGGCUGUCUGUUCACAAGGAGGAGAUCAUGAAGGGCAACGUGAAGGAGGCCAUGGAGAUCUUUGAGAACCUGCGGCGGCAGGAGGAGCUGCAGGAGAUCCUGACGCGGGUGAGGGAGUUCGAAGAGGAGACGUGCAAGGUGGACGUAAAGGCCCUGAGGAGUUUCUUUGAGGACGUCCCCGAGUGGGUGGUUCGGCACAAGUCUCGCCAGCCGAAGCAGCCACCGCAGCACAAGGCUGAGAAGGUCGAGCCAGCGGUGAAGGAGGACUCCGACAGCGUCUCCUCGGUGGAGCUGGCUUUCGAAGACCUGGAGAGAGCAAGCGCUGAGAUCAUCCACCUGAAGGAGCAGACGCUCGCCAGGCUGCUGGACAUUGAGGAGGCCAUCAGGAAAGCUCUCUACUCAGUCUCCAGCCUGAAGUCCGAAUCAGACAUAGCUGGGCUCUCUGGCCUCUUCAAGGAGUCUCUGGGGAAUGCCCAGAGCCCCGCUACUAGCAACAACAUCCGCAAAAUCAGCAUUGUGUCCAGCAAAUCCAGGCAAGAAAAAACAGGACAGGAGACGUCAAACGCAGCCUCGGCAGGAAGUGCAAAGGCAACAGAAAAGACUGAGGUGUCCAAGGCCGAGUUAGCGGUCCCCAGCUUGGUUCAGCCCCGUGUGAGUUCUCCCUCCUCUCCUUCCUAUAUCUCCAUCGCAUCUGCUGCCAGAAAGCCUGCAGAGUCUCCCAGGGCAGCGCACGCUGCCUGGGAUCUGCCCUCUCCGGACGUUCCUGACACCCAAGACAAAAGGGAUCCCUUUUCUCUGGACAGAUCUAGCUCAUUAGUCCACAAAUCAGGGGGGGCAGGUGGAUGUGACCUAGCUCCAGUGGAGAACGAACAGGAGCCCAUCCAAAUGAAGGCAGGAAUGAGCUCAAUUAGACAGCACUCUCUUGGCAACCCAGAGCACCAGAGCAGUAGCACCAGUGACAAAGAAAAGUGCUCACUGGACACAUCCAAGGGCAACUGCCAUGGUGCGCUCAAGGGAGGCCUUUCUGAUUUCAAUCCUCAGGCUCCCCUGAUUGUCUCCAGCCCACAAAACCCAAAGAGGCAGAAGAGCAUCUUGGAACUGCAGACCGGGCCUAAUGGAUCCAAGCUCUACGGGGCCACCAGAACCGUGACGGAGCAGUACGAGGAGGUGGAUCAGUUUGGAAACAAAAUCAUCACUUCGUCUACCACCGUCACCAAGCAAGCGGAGACCCAAACUUCCACCAUGUGCGACGUUGUCUCUCCCCCCCACUACGAGGUCACCGCCUCGCCUCUGCUACGGAGGUAUCUGCGCAGCCCAGGGGAAGAAUUUCACUCCAACGGCAGCCUUCAGGACCCCGGAGUGGUCUUUGUCACUUUUGGUAACUCCAAACCCAAAAAAUAGGCAUCCUGGAAUAGCAGGAGGUGCGAACUGUGUACAACACACCCAACAAAUACAUCACACAGGCAGGAACUUUCCAAGUCUUAUGAGCCAUGCAAGGACAUUAUCCUAGUGUUUGUGUAUGGGAGGGGCAUCUGGAUUUAGCUUUUGGGACAAACGGCAUCCAUCUGAGCAACCCUACCGACUCAGCAUCAACCUGCAUCCAAAGACCUGACACUCUGAUAGAAACACGAGUGUGAAAAUUAGCUAAUUGUAAAUGGUGGUUUGUUCCCUUCUGAACAGUAUUUCCAGGAGCAUCCGUGGCCUCCCUGAACACAGGCAGAAGACGGGAGGAUUAGAGCCAGCUAAAGGAGCCACUCAUUGGAAGCAGACUAGUUUUUCCCGCCUUGCCCUCGUCUUCCCAAUAUCAGUGAUGAUUUCCCAAUAAGCAUAUUUUAUUCCACAUACUACACACACAUACAGGUUGAGGGUGGGUUGGAUUAGUUUUCUCUUAUUUGCUAAAAAAAAGAACAUUCUCAAAGUGUUUGUGUGCUAAGCAGAAACUUUUACAGGGAAAGGAUUUAAUGCUACCUAAAACUGUUUAAAUCAGGAUUUCCAGAUUAAUCAGUAUCAUUCCCCUUAAAAGGAUAUAAAGAACAAUGCUGUGGUUAAGACUGGAUUAAAUAAGCCAAAAUAGAUGGUUUUUUGCUUUCCUUUCUUUCUUUUUUAGACUUGUAAUUUAUUAUUCAUUAUAUACAAAACUGUAUCUUAGACUCCAAACUUUCUUAAGUGUUUAACGUUUAAAAACAUUUUCAAACUUUGUAAAGCUUUUUUUUUUUCUUUUUACAAUUACUUUUGUUUUGUACAUUCUCAACUCAAGAUUUUAGAUACUUUGUGGCUUUUUUUUUUUAAUUUUUAUUGCUGCAUUCUGAAGGUAAACAUUGCCUCCAAAAAGACUUUGGUCUGUGUGAUUUUGUUUUGCCGUGCGUUGGAUUCAUUUCAGAGAAUUCAGAAAUCGUAUUUUAAUGAGCCAGUUUAGCCUGUCAUAUUUGAGUGUCGACAUUUGGAUCGUCUCUGCAAUUGCUUCCUCUUUUGUAACUAUCAUUUUUGACAAUUCAAAGGAAAAAAAUACUUUUCCCCUACAUUUUGACCACUUCUAAAAAUAUCCUUAAAAAGACAGUAAAAUUAGCAAAGAAGGUGUCUAAGGUUUGAUGAAUUAAUGAGUUUAAUUAGAUCUAAUUUGAGAUUUGUUCCUAUGGUACUGGAGCAAUUACUCGUAGGGCAUUUCAUAGUUCUCUUGGCUGGUCAGUGCCCCGGUCUGAGCACCUGCCUUGGCUCAGUCGUGCCCACACUAGCGUGGCACUUACCUAUGACACUUUGUUACUCAUUGCACUGUGAGCCGCACAAAUAUUGAUCACCUUAGUGCUAGUUUGCAAUCACACCUUCAAUUUAAGCAGCACAUCGGUGGGGAGUGGCUACACCCUAAUGGGGCAGAAGUAGGGUUAUGUGGAUCAAGAGAUAAUCCUGCCUUAGAGUGGCGUAACUUUGAACUGCAUAAUAAGUGCUUUAAGCCACUUGAAAGGUGUUAAUGUGUGGACAAUCCAGGGGUUAAGAGCUCCAGGAGCCACCCAGAAUUAAUGUGUAACAAGGACUUUGGGGGUAUAGCCCAUCAUUUUCUAUGUUUCAAUAAAAUGAGCUUCUUUUCUAGUAGACCGUGGGAAGAAUUGUUUGUCUUUCUGGAUAUACAGUGUGUGAUGGCAUUGGAAGAUUAUCAAUAUGUGAACGGUUCAGGAUGCCUCUCAAGGCAAAUUAUUUGGGCUGACACCCAGGUUGUAAACAGCAUUUGUACUUUAGCCGAUAUUCCUGGCCAAGCCAGCUAGCCCGCAUGUGAAGUACCCCACAUUCAGGCCAGAUUACUCUGUAUGGGGACAGGAGCAGGGUCAAGGAGGUCAUCCUAGCAACAGCCGGAGUUUACUUUACAGUGAACAGAAGCCCUUCGAGAUCUGGACAGGCCUUUCAGACCUUGAGUCCAGUCCAGUCAUGUAGGAAUAAGCAGGCUCCAUACAUGUGCCACUACUUAUUAGGCAACACAGAGCUAACUGCUGAAGGCCGGCAGCAAAUUACCAUAUUUACAUGCACACCGCUCACAGCCUUUCCCCCAGAACCAGCCUUCCAAGUUUGGGGUGCAUGUCUUCCGCAGGAAAGCUGAUAUUUCUGCCUUGAAGGGCAGCCAUGGCAUUUCUAUUCAGGCAGAGAGAGGUAAGGUAAUUUCAUGGGUCGUUAGAAUCUACUUGAUUUCUACUAAUUGCUCUUUACUCAAAAUGUGUUAACAACACCUCUCCUUUAUAAUGGUCAUGAUGUUCCAUUAAUCAAAGUAGCUUUCUUCAUUUUCGCUUCCCCAAAACAAGGUGCAGGUCUUAUUUGGGGUGCUUCCAUGUGAGAAAAUACAGUACUUCCUCUCUCACAGAGCAUGGAGGAAGCAAAAGUACUGCACCCUGGGAGAAGUAUCUAUGCUUCGUGGGAUUAUACCUGGGAAAGGGACAGCCAAUGCAGCUGCCUUUGAUUUAGGGCUGAGUUUAAAGUCACAAUUGAGCCUGUAAUCUGGAAAGGAGAAGAACAAGUGAGUUUUUCUCCAGGUAUAUGAGAUCAUGAAGGAUCUGUUAAAAAUUUAACCACUCUAUAAAACAGAAGGACCUUGAUUCUGUUCCUGGUUCUGCCCUUAGUCUUUCGGGUGACCUUGGGCAAGUCACUUUACCACUCAGUGCCUCAGUUUCCCCUUCUGUAAAGUGGAAAUGAGAAUUCUGACCUCGCUUGCGGAGUUACUGAUGAAAAGUGCUGUCGAACAGGUAUGUGUUACUGCUCUCCUUUCUGCUUCAUUACCUCUGGCAGGGAGGGGUUCAGCUCCACUCAGGAUUAAAACCCAGCAACCUUGUAAUAAAUAAAAGAAAAUAUUUAUUUCUGCAGUGUGUAAUUAAACCUGUGGCACCUACUGGCUCAGGAAAUCCAGCUGAGUUCAAGUAGGUGUGCUUUAAAAAGACGGGGUAGUUUUUGCUACUAAGUGGCAACUAAGGUAAAGAGAGAAGGCUAAAAUCAGCACUUAUGCUGGUUGGCUGUGGGGAAGCCAGGAAGAAACUCUUGGAGCACUAAAGCCCUGGAAGGAGGCCUAACACUUUGUACAUCAUUCUCAAGUGACCCUGCCAGAGGUCAGAUGUAGAAAUCAGAGGCCGUUUGUAGAUGACACUUUAAAGAGAAUUUAAAGGGGGUUAAAUGCCUUUUGCACCACUUUAAUGGCAUUGCUGUUUGCACAUUCGGUGGCAUAGUGCAUAUUAAUUCCAGCUGCUGUAGCAUGUUCGGCAGUGUAAUGCACCUUAAAUGACUUUAGGAUGCAGCAAAUGACUUAGGGGCGCUGCAAAGUAAAACACGUCCUAGGAGUUUUAGUUUCCUACCCUACAGCCGCAGAGGAAAGCACCCGGCUGUGUGUGGCUCAGGAGCUGCGCAGGCAGACCAUGCAGGCAGCCCAGCAGCAGCCUGGGAAGGCAAGCUCCAUGGAAGGGGGAAAAAAAAUGGCAAGCCUGAUCU